AUUAAAAAACUUCAGGAAUUUUGUUUUUCUCAUUCGUUCCAGCAUACUCAUUUCAAGUGUUUCUGUAAUCAUCAUUUGAUUCUCAAUAAAAUGGAAGGCAGCUUGAAGUAUCUCAAAGGUUUUGGCAAUGAGUUUGCCAGUGAAGACUCUAGAUGUACUGGUGCCCUACCUGAUGGUCAAAAUACGCCGCAGAAGUGUCCAUAUGGUUUAUACGCUGAGCAAUUGUCUGGCACGGCAUUUACUGCUCCCAGAAGUGUCAACAGGAGGACAUGGUUUUACAGAAUAAAACCAUCAGUUUGUCAUGGACCUUAUAAGUCUUUUGGAGAUAGUGGGCUCACUCACGAAUUUACGAAAAUAGAUCCCAAUCCACUACGAUGGGGAGCAUUCGAUUUACCAUUAAGUGAGAACGUUAACUUUAUCCAAGGCAUGAAUACUGUCUGUGGCGCGGGAAAUCUCAAUACAAGAAAUGGACUUGCAAUUCAUGUCUACCUGUGCAAUUCCUCUAUGAUCAAUUCAGCUUUCUACAAUUCCGAUGGCGAUUUUCUUAUUGUGCCACAACAUGGAAAGAUACAUAUCACGACUGAAUUCGGCAAAAUGAAUGUAAUACCUGAUGAGAUUUGUGUCAUUCAGCAGGGAAUGAAGUUUUCAGUUAAUGUUGAAGGUACAGCGAGAGGAUAUAUCCUUGAGGUUUUCGAUAAUCAUUUUGAGCUACCGAAUCUGGGACCUAUUGGUGCAAAUGGAUUAGCCGAGCCACGAGAUUUCUGGACUCCAGUUGCGGUUUAUGAUGAUCGCGAUGUUUAUUACACAAUUCACACAAAAUACCAAGGCCAUUUAUUUUCUUUCAACCAAAACCACAGUCCGUUUAAUGUCGUUGCAUGGCGUGGAAAUUAUGUGCCAUACAAAUACAACUUAAACAAAUUCAUGGUCAUAAAUUCCGUGUCUGUUGAUCACUGCGAUCCAUCAAUAUUCACUGUUCUGACGUGCCCAUCAUCAAAAUCUGGUACUGCAAUUGCUGAUUUUGUUGUAUUUCCACCGAGAUGGUCGGUCCAAGAAAAUACAUUUCGUCCACCCUAUUAUCACAGAAAUUGCAUGAGCGAGUUCAUGGGGCUUAUAAAAGGUAAGUACGAGGCGAAGGAUAACGGCUUCCAACCUGGCGGGGCGUCACUUCACACAAUAAUGACGGCACAUGGACCUGAUUUUUCUUGUUUUGAAAGAGCAUCAAAUGUUCAAUUGAAACCAGAAAAAAUUGCUGAAGGCACAAUGGCAUUUAUGUUUGAAAGCUCAUUGUGCAUGGGACUAACACGAUGGGCUGCAUCAAGCUGCAAGCUCGAUAAGGAUUAUUACAAAUGUUGGGACGGAUUAAAAAAACAUUUCCACCAAUCCUAAACGCAACUGGAAUACAAAUCUGGAAUGAACAACAUACGAAUGUUUUAAUUUUCUUUGUCAGUGAUAAUAAAUUAUUUAUAUUUUACGGUAAUUUGACCGGCACAUUUAACAAGGGAUAUUCUUUUUUAUUUUAUAAAAGGCAAUACCUAUUUUCUUUGACUGAAAUUUAUGAGGUGACACUAAGCGUAGCACGAGAGUACCACGGUUCAAAAUAAAGAAAGAAGCUAUAACGAACAUCCAUUCCUAAGGGUUGGUAUUUUUAAACGUAGAUACAACGACUUAGCCUGUCAUAUUGAAAAUAAUAAAAUAAUCAAUAAGACAAUAAAGAAUAGGACCAAUAGAACCUUUUGAUACCAUUCAUUAUUUGAAUAAUUAACCAUAAAUAAUUUCAAUUUUAAUAUUAAGUUGACUAAAAAUGGCUAACUUAUCAGGAGCUUAGGCAAACUUGCACUUUUACUAGAAAAGCCAAGCAUUGCACCGAAUGCAACCUCAAGUAUCCGCAAGCGUAGAACGAGAAUCCGUCAAAACAAUCGACCUCUUUUGCCUUCAGCGCUGAACUAGGUCGGACUACAACGAAUAAUUAUAUAAUUAUAAUUAUUUAUUGUAAAUAGACAUAUAAAAUGAGUGUACAAGUUUGUAAGCGUUCACGAUUAUGUAAAGAUCUGUCAAUCUCAGAAGGACGGGCACCGGAUUCUCAACAAUCACUAACGUAAUUCAUAUAUUUAUAUAAUUUUUGUAGCUAAUUUCUGGUUGUGUGAGUUUUUAUCAAUAUUUUUCUUACUUUUAUUUGAAUCUUAAGCGGAUUUUUUAUAAAAACCUUAUAAAUUUUAUUUUAAAAUUAACGCCUACAGAUCACUACAUCAUAUAAAUUAAUUUAUUAAUUAAUACCAAGUUCCAAUCAUGUUUGGUCAUUCCACAACAAUUUUACGGAGGCUAGGAGCCAUUGGCUCAGCCGCAGUAUUGAAUUCAUCGGCGAAAAAAAAAAAGCUCAUAACUUACGAACUUAGUAACAUAGACACUUCGUACUAAGCUUAAGGGAUUACCAUCACCAAUCAAAAACGCAGAUAGAGCCUUGAAAUUUUUUGAGCAGAUUAAUGAAAUAAUAAUACAUACGCUCAAAUUUUUUGAUAAUUUUCUUGUAGCUAAUUACUUAGUAAUUAAUUACUAAAGCAGGCUACUUUUUUGAAGGUUAUACAUAGGUUCUUAUGGAGGGUCCGGUUUAGUUUUUAGAAACCUGGUUAGCCAUUUUAUGGAAAACGCAGAUAGCUUUUUCAAAAACUACAGAUAAAUAGAGGAAACAAUAAGGAAAGUUUUGAUAUAAAAAUUAAUAGGGCUUUGAGACCUUUUUAUUUUACAAUAAAUAAAAAUAAAUUUUUGUCUUUGUCUAAAUACUCAAGUUGAAGUAAGAAACAAGAUUUUCUCCUUCUAUUUUAUCUCGUUCGCACUCAUAGAAAUAUUAUGUUUCUAAAUUUCAUACGCAAGAGGUCUCUAGAUAUGCGGGGGUAAUCCCUUAAAAGAAGGGCAUUGAAAAACUCUAUCGCCCGCAGAAUGGGUUUUUUCUUCUAUUGAUAAUAGUUUUGAGUUGAAAAGACAAAAUAUAAAUUUUGAAAAAAUUUUUUUUUUACUG